UUGUGAGAAUGUGGUUUAGAAAAUAGAUUUCGCAUGCUCUUAUCAAAGUCGAGAAUUCCGUGACCAUUUAAAUGUAACUCAAGUCUUUGCGCAAAUUUGUCCCUCCCAUUCUAUGUUUUUGAAAUUUAUUCGAUUUUGGGCACACGUUCGAAGUCAUGAUGUUGUCAUUUUGUCAAAGUCAUGAGGCCAAGAACGUGUCGCAUCGUUAUCGACAAAAAUUAAAAGCAAAAACCGAUUUUACAUCGUUUUUCGAAAUCGAAGCGGCUUUGAUAUUUAAGCAAAUGAAUGAAGAAUGAUUUCAAAAGAAAAAGAAACAAUUCAAAUGAAAACAAAAUUUAUGAAUGAAGCAUUGAUGAAUUAGCAUAAACUGCUGAAGUUGUUCCAACAGCAUAAAAUUUUAUGCGGUUUUUAAAACAUGCGACGAAAUCAAAAUGAUGAAUAGAAAGUGUCACUAUUUAAUACAUACCGCCGAAAAAAAUAUGGAAAUGAUCGCAUUUUUGAGUGUCUGUCGAAAAAUGUGCCCUUUUAUUAUGUUCAUCUUUAAGCUCAAACGCACGAUGCAAAUUGAUAAAUUCAAAACAAAAAAAUUAUGUCACACAAACAAUUUUGGCAAACAAUUGGUUAUCUGGGAAUGACGACCUUUUGCCAGCCGUUUGCAUACGUAUAUGGAAGAAGUGCGUUUGCCCUAUGAAGCAUAAAAAUGUAUGAGCCAAUUCAAGAGGUUAUAAAACUUCGAUGUAACAAAUGUUCCAAUCAACUCAUAAUCAACAACAUGUGUUACGCUGAUGUCGAAACAUGCGGCGAUCACGAAUGUGCGUUACCGAUUUCAGCCGCUUAUUUUUUUUUUAGUAUCGGAAUAGAAAUGACCUAAGCCCAAUGCGAUGUAUCAAAAUGGAAAAAAAUGAAUUUUUAAUCAAUCAUUAUCAUUAUGUACGAAACUUGUUUCGGAACACUUUUGAUUGAAAGAUACGGUUAUUGGUCCAUGGUCAGGUUUUUUCGCGCUUUUUUUGAACGUUGAUUAUUCAACCGAAUUUCCGAUCGGUGUUGCUGUGGCCCCCUUCAUUUUCUCUUUCACACACCCGCAUUCCAGUGGUAAGCGGCUAACCCAAAAACAGGAGAUUGAUCGAACAUAUUUGAUUUCUAUUGAGUUUUUAUGUAAGAUUCGAUUUUUUUUCUCGAUUGCUCCGAUAUUUUUGGAACGGUAUAAAAGAUCGACGGCGUGGUGGCUAAGUCAUCAGUUUAUUGUCGUUUGUGCAAGGGACUACAUCAAAAAUGAAGGUAUUUAUCUGUGCUCUUGCUUUGGUAAGCUACGCUUCGGCUGGCUCUCAUGGAGGCAGCGGUGGAUAUAACUACCCAGCCCCUGCACCUCAACCAGUUUAUUCUGCCCCAGAACCGGUAGCUCUUCCACAAUCAAACUACUUGCCACCGGCUCAAUCCUACUCAGCUCCUGCUCCAGUUCACCAUGCUCCACAACCCGCUCCAGUUUACCAUGCUCCAGCACCUGCUCCAGUUUACUCUGCCCCUGCGCCCGCUCCAGUUUACCAUGCUCCAGAACCCGCUCCAGUUUAUCAUGCUCCAGCACCUGCUCCAGUUUACUCUGCCCCAGCGCCCGCUCCAGUUUACUCUGCCCCAGCGCCCGCUCCAGUUUACUCAGCACCAGCUCAAAGCUACGCACCAGCUCAAAGCUACUCGGCUCCAGCACCAACCCAGAUCGUCAAAAUCAUUCAUGAGGUUGCACAAGCCCCACAAUAUGCUGCACCAGCACCAGUCUACUCAGCUCCAGCACCAGUCUACUCAGCUCCAGCUCCUCAAUAUGCCUCAGCCUACGCUGCUCCAACCUCAGUGAAAAUCGUUAAGGUCAUUCAAGAACAAGCACAAUCACAUGGUGGAUUCAGCGGUGGAUACGCACCAGCACCAGCAGGACCAGAACUUGGACCAGUCCAAAUCAUCAAGGUCAUUUCACAAGGAUCAGGACACGGUCACGGUCACGGACACGGACACGGACACGGUCACGGACACGGACACGGCUCAUACGGUCCAUCAGCUCAACCAGAACAAAUCAUCAAGCUCAUCCAAGAACCAGCUCAUAACUACGGCCACGGCAACUUGGCUUCAGCUCCAGCCCCAGCACAAGUUAUCAAGGUUAUCAAGGAAACCGCCUCAGCUCCAUCAGGCGGUUGGGCUGCACCAUCAGGCGGAUGGUAAACACUUACCUUCGAUUAACUUCCAAGAUAUUAAAGCGAUUCGUGUAUGAAUUGACUUUUAAUCGUUGUUGAUCUUUUGUUGUAAAAGUACAAGAUAUU